AUGGCUCAAGCGCAGCUACAACUGCAGACAGGGCUCAUCACCAAGUAUGCAGUCGCCUCGGACGCUCGCUGCCCGGCCAAGCAGACGGCAAAGCCCGAUGAGCGCCUCGAGACGCAGUUCUCGAGGGGGGCGCGGCCGCUGUUUCUUCAUCCGCGUCAAGCAUACUUCUAUCGCAAAAUUCCAUUAGAAGCACACAUGGUGUUGAAGACAUCAUUCUCAUGA